AUGUCUCCAUCCUCUGUCGACCUGCUCAUCCUGGGCGCCGGCUGGACAUCAACCUUCCUCAUCCCCCAGCUCAAGGACACGGCCAUUUCCUGGGCUGCCACCACCACCACCGGCCACGAUGGCACCAUUCCCUUCAAGUUCGAUCCGGACGACUCUGACCAGGCCCCGUACGACAGGCUGCCCGCUGCAGCCACCAUCCUUGUCACCUUUCCGCUGCGAGGCUCCGGCCAGUCCCACCACCUGACGUCCAUGUACCGCAAGAGCCACGGCGGCGAGCACAACUGGAUCCAGCUCGGCUCCUCUGGCAUCUUUGCCGACCCCCAUUGGAAUGACAGCGACUCCUCGUACGACGCCGACAAUCCGCGCGCAAUUGCCGAGGACGAGUUGCGCCAAUGCGCCAAUGGCUGCGUCCUCAACCUGUCUGGUCUCUAUGGCGGCGCCCGCCAGCCGAGCAACUGGGUCACCCGCGUCGCCACGACCAAGGAGCAGGUCAAGGCCAAGUCCGCUCUGCAUCUCGUUCACGGCCAUGAUGUCGCCAGGGCCAUCAUUGCCGUCCACCGCAACUUCACCCCGGGGAAGCGCUGGCUUGUCACCGACUUGCACGUCUAUGACUGGUGGGACCUGAUGCACACCUGGGCUCCUGUUGCUGAGGCUGCCGCCAGAGACGCCCUUGGAGCUGAAGAGGCUGCAAAACUCGAGUACCGCAAGUGGGUCGUCGAGUUGAUGGACGAAUGCAGUGUCCGCGCCCUCCCGCGAGCCGCCGAUUCGCUGGGUAGAGUUCUUGAUUCAAGAAGUUUUUGGAGAAGCGUUGGUACUUGGCCCAGCCAUGGGAGAGUCGUGUGA